AUGACACGUGGCAGGUUACACCCCAAGAAUUUGCGCACAUUUUACGCUCUUCAAGAAAACGACAACUCGUUUUACAGCACCAAGUUCCGAGAUUUACGAGUGCGGUCAUGGUGGUGCGCAGUGGUGCAAGAUCGGACAAACCCCUGCCGACGAUAG